CUCCUGGUUUUUUAACUUGUCUUCAUAUUUUAUCGAAGUUGAUUUGUGAUAAAGCAUGAUACAUGUUUCCUGGAGUCAUUUGUGAGUGUUUCUUUGUUUCACCUAUCGCCGUUUGAACGGUAUGAUUUGAACGACUUGAAUUGAUUAUUUUGACCUGAUUUUACUAAAAAGAUCAUUAAUUAUCGCUGGAAAUGGUACACCCAUAAGUUAAGCUGUCAAGACCAUGAUUGUCUUUCUAUCAGUAGGUGCAUAAAAACAUAGCCUCUCCAGGAACAAAUUGGGGCCUGUUUUUGUUAAGAAUUUGCAUGAGCUCCUUGAAGGAUGAAAACAAUGCUGCCAGGUUCUGAAUGGGUAAAUUUUCAGUUUAAAUUCAGCUCUGCUUGUCUUCUAUAUGGUUCAGCAUUUGACGUUAAAUCGCUGGCAUGUUUUGUACAUCUGGUUUCUCUUCCAACUGAGGGGCUACAAUACUUCUUAACUUGCAGACAUUCGUGUAGUACAUUAGAUUGAACUCCUAGGGCCGCUGUUGGCCAGCCUGUGAUAUCUGUGGGGCAGGUUUGAGCUGAUCCUCCCCCAUCGUCUUUCUUUUCUUAUACCAGAGGGAUACAGACACGCAGAAUAUUACAGAGAGCAGCCAUUACCAACACGGACAUCUACAGUAAACUGGUUAUCACUCAUUCUUCUUUUUGUCGUGUAUGUUGAGGAAAUACAAAGGAUUUUCUUCUGCUUACAUUGGGACAGCAGUGGGAUUCGUGCUUGAUGGAAAUGCCUGACAGAACAAUGAGGUGGCAAGUGCUGUUGUUUAUCUCCAUAAUUUCUCUGACUUCGGUGCUCGGGCAGGUCAGUUAUUCCAUACCCGAGGAAAUGGCUAAAGGCUCAUUAAUCGGUAACAUCGCUCAGGAUUUAGGUUUGGACAGAAAAAGACUUACCUCGGGCAACGCUCGGAUUUUUACAGGAGACAGCGCAGAGUACAUCGAGCUGAACAGAGAGCGAGGGGUCCUUCUUAUCAAAGAGAAAAUAGACAGAGAAGCACUCUGUGCACAGACGACGCCCUGCGCGUUGCAUUUCCAAGUUAUUUUAGAAAAUCCCAUGGAGUUCUACACUGUUGUUGUCGAAAUAAGAGACAUAAAUGACAACACACCGAUGUUUGAAAAAUCUGAUAUGAAAUUUAAAAUAAGUGAGUCUGCCGUAAUUGGAGCCAAAUUCUUGUUAGAGAGGGCAAUAGAUCCCGAUGUUGGCUUAAAUAGUCUACAGAGUUACUUUCUGACAAAAACCGACAAUUUUGCACUAAAAUUGAAAGAUCAGCCUGAUGGAGAAAAGAUAGUUGAAAUGGUUUUACAAAAAUCACUUGAUAGAGAAAAACAAGAGGAGAUAUUUUUAGUGUUGACUGCUGUGGAUGGAGGGGAACCAAACCUGUCUGGUACAGCACAGAUACAUGUCACAGUUUUGGACGCUAAUGACAAUGCACCAGUUUUUACUAAGACGAUAUAUAAAGCUGCAAUACCUGAAAACUCACCUAAAGGGACCGUAAUAACCAGAGUCAGUGCUUCAGAUGCGGAUAAAGGAUCAUAUUCAAAGAUAACUUAUUCGAUAUCUAACGCUGCAGCAGAUGUUAGGGACAUGUUUGAGAUUAAUGAAAUAAAUGGGGAUUUGAUCUCGAAAAGUGCUGUAGAUUAUGAAAGGGCACGAUACUAUCAAAUACACGUGCAAGCCAGUGAUGAAGGAGGGCUUACAGAUUCAUGUAAGGUAACUGUAGAAGUGAUAGAUGUUAAUGAUAACAAGCCAGUUAUAAAUAUAAUGUCGCAAACUAAUGUAAUUCUCGAGGACUCUAAACCAGCAACAGUCGUGACUAUGGUCAAUGUUCAGGACUUAGACUCGGGAGAUAAUGGCAAAGUUCAUUGUACAAUCAAUGAAAACAUUCCUUUUACAUUAAAGCCGACAUCGAGUAAUUUCUUUAACCUUGUAACAGACAGUGAUUUAGACAGAGAGGUGGCUUCUGAGUAUAACAUCACAGUGACAUGCUCUGAUGAGGGAGUGCCCUCUCUCUCCAGCAGCGUCACUCUCACCUUACAGAUCUCUGAUGUGAAUGACAACGCACCUGUCUUUGAGAGGAGCUCAUAUGAGGCCUACAUUGUAGAAAACAACACACCAGGCAUCUCUGUCUUCACAGUGAAAGCCAGAGACGCUGACUGGAACCAGAAUGCCCGUGUUUCUUACAUCCUGGAGGACUCCUCUGUUAACGGAGUGGCAGUCUCCUCAUAUGUUUCAGUCAGUGCUGAUAGUGGAGUCAUCCAUGCAGUUCGCUCUUUUGACUACGAGCAGAUCAAAGACUUCCAGUUCCGUGUCAGAGCGCAGGAUGGAGGCUCCCCUCCACUCAGCAGCAACGUGACAGUGAAAAUAGUGAUCCAGGACCAGAACGACAACCCCCCUCAGGUUCUGUACCCAGUCCAGACUGGUGGAUCAGUGGUGGCUGAGAUGGUGCCUCGUGCAGCAGAUGUGGGCUAUCUGGUGACUAAAGUGGUGGCUGUUGAUGUGGACUCUGGACAGAAUGCCUGGCUCUCGUAUAAACUGCAGAAAGCCACAGACAGGGCGCUGUUUGAAGUGGGCUUACAGAAUGGAGAAAUCAGAACUAUCCGCCAAGUGAACGAUAAAGAUGCUGUGAAACAAAGACUGACUGUUAUAGUGGAGGACAACGGGCAGCCGUCUCGUUCAGCUGCAGUCAUUGUUAACGUGGCGGUGGCGGACAGCUUCCCUGAAGUGCUGUCUGAGUUCACUGACUUUACACACGACAAGGAGUACAAUGACAACCUGACUUUUUACUUAGUGCUGGCUUUGGCUGUAGUGUCCUUCCUCUUCAUCACGUGUGUAGUGGUUAUUAUAUCAGUGAAAAUCUACAGAUGGAGACAGUCUCGCACCCUGUUUCACUCCAACCUCCCUGUGAUUCCAUAUUAUCCACCACGUUACUCAGACACUUUGGGCACAGGGACUCUCCAGCACGUGUACAAUUACGAGGUGUGCAGGACGACUGACUCCAGAAAGAGUGACUGUAAGUUCGGCAGAGCUGGUAGUCAGAACGUGUUGAUAAUGGACCCCAGUUCUACAGGGACCAUGCAGCGGAUACAGAGUGAGAAGAGCAUCCUGGAUGAACCAGACUCUCCUCUAGAGGUCAGUUAAUCAAUGUAGUCUUUCUCCGUGUUUUAUCUUUCGGACCGUAAUUUCAUUGACAGCUACCGUCUGGCGUUGUAGUUUAAUUUUCAGUACCAUGGAUAGCGUCUGACUAGGAUCUCAAAGUACUCUCCCUCUCUUCCCCUCUGUCCUAAUUGCGUGUGUGUGUGUGUGUGUGUGUGUGUGUGUGUGUGUGUGUGUGUGUGUGUGUUAUUGGUUUCUGUACAACAAUGUAGAUAUUUAGACAUAUAUGCUUUUUAAACUGCUGUUGCGCACGAAAAUGCAGAGGGAUUCUGGGAUUAUAUAU